CACUUCCGCAUUCCUCAGCUCUCGGGUACUUAAACGGGCUGAUGCAACGACUUCGGUUAGUCCCCAAACCUACACCAGACUCCUGACUCCCGCACUGCCCCGCAUCACCACUGCGGACCUUGGACGCCUAACAGCGUCCAAACACAGUUGCAUCAUUGACAGAAGACGACUGAACAGUUUUCUCUGACGGCGGUGGUGGCCGUGUCGGACAUGAUGCCGGGACAGAUACCUGACCCUUCGCUGGCGGCGGGCUCCCUGCCCAGCCUGGGCCCACUGGCAGGCAUCUCGGCCACCACGCUCACCGAUCAGCUUAAGCUGGCUGACUUCCGCCAACUGGGCACCAUGUUGUCCCCACUGCAUUUCUUAGGGAGGCUGGGGAAGAGGCCACUCGCCAUCAAGACAGAGAUGGAUGAAGAUGAAGAAAGGAGGAAACGAAGACGAGAGAAAAACAAAGUAGCAGCAGCGAGAUGCCGAAACAAAAAGAAGGAACGGACCGACUUCCUUCAAAGAGAAUCCGAGCGUCUGGAGAUGGUGAACUCGGACCUGAAGGCCCAGAUCGAGGAGCUCCGAAUGGAGAGGCAGCAGCUAAUGGUGAUGCUCAAUCUACACCGGCCCACCUGUAUCGUGAGGACCGACAGCGUCAAAACACCCGAGAGUGAGGCCAACCCUCUGCUGGAGCAGCUGUCCGCCGACACCAAGUGAAACAGGGAAAACAGGAACAUCGAGUCCCUGAAAGCCAAACCAGUACCACCACAGCAGCCAUUUAAAUGAAAAUCGAACUGGCAAUACAUUUCUAGUAAAGCACUUGAGCUCCGAGCCGGAGACUUUUGGAGACUCUGCCCAAGGACCUGAGGUUGUAGGGCAUCCUCAGCACUGCUACAAGAGCUGGCUCUGUGCAUUGAACCACUGGAAUUAUCCAGUUUCAUCUCCACAUUAAGGGUUUUUGGUUACACUUAAUGCACUGUGCCUAGCUGUUACAUCAACCAUCUCUACAUAAAAAGGGACCAAUGUAUACCACGGAGUACAACUGGAAACAACACUGAGGAAACACACGAAUACCAACAUGGUGCUCUGUUACAAAAGCCCUGAGUUAAAUGUGUGGCGGUGUUUCAGUGCAGAGGCUCUGCGUUUUUUCCUUUGUAUGCUAGUUGAAAUAUACAGGUCUAGAGCUUUUAGGAUACAAUACGCAAUAGAAGGAGUGGAGUUUUUUUUUGUUUUCUUUUUUUAGUUUUGGUAAUGUUGAUUUCUAUACCCUGCCUUGACGAUGGCAGAUACCGGUUGAUCCGAUUUGUGGUGACGCUGGCGUCAUGAAAAGCACAUAUACACAAAAAUGUUUACACCCUUGUUUUUUGGACUUGUUGUCUGUCCAUUGUUGUACUUGUUUUAUACUGCUUUGUAUACAUAAACAUAUAUGAGGAAAAAAAAAAUGCUCGUCAAUCACUUGAUGUGAUUCGUCUUGUCAGUCCUCUUCCAGUCAUGUUGCGCUGUCAAACAGCUGAGAAAACAAGCAGGAAUCUCUACAGCUGAGCAGUAUUUCACUGUCUCUUCUUGACCUUUAUCUGCUAUGUAUGACUCUGUUAUCAUGAAUGGUAUAAAGUUUAUUUUCUAACUACAAGAAACUGCACGCCUUGUGUCA